AUGGAUUUAGUACAGAAAGAGCACGACAGGCUGCAGAAGAGGCUGAAGGCCUCCCAGGGCAUUAAGAAUGUCCAGUCUACCAUAGAUAUACUACAGCAGGCUCGGGAUGCCAUUGCUCAAGACCCGAACCAGGCUGCCGUAACUCUUGCGAAACUUCAAAAUCCCGUCAAAUCAUCUUUCGAGGCAAUCAACGAUAGCCUCAAAGAAACCCAUAGCGGCCUUAAUAAGUACACCAAGUCGCUCGACAAGCUCUUCAAAGACCGACCCCUUCCAAGUACGGAACACGACGUCCUCUCCGAACAAGAACACCUCAUCGACCGUGCGAUUGCUAUGCACCUUCUCCGUGAGGGUCAGUUCUCCGUCGCAGCCACCUUUCUCUCCGACAUCCUUGAUAAGAAAGCCAUGACCCAAACUUCCGAAUCGACUGUCUGCUCGACAGACCAGGCGGCGAUCGUAUUUGACAUUGACGAAGUCCCCUCCGAUGAGAUCCGCAAGCAGUUCGGCCAGAUGUACUAUAUUUUACACGAACUGAAGGAACAAAAGAAUUUGCUACCGGCCAUUGAAUGGUCGCGCGAGAACCAUGAAGCCCUGGACGCAAGGGGAAGCAACCUGGAGUUUGAGCUGUGCCGAUUGCAAUUUGUCUGGCUUUACCACGGUGAAUCACACGAGCAUGGUAAUAAAUCAGGCAACGUCAAAGCGGCAAUGCAGUAUGCGCAAGCUGAGUUCCAGGGAUUUGCGCCGCGCUACCUACGAGAAGUCCAGCAACUGAUCGGCGCCAUGGCCUUUUGCCCUAACCUGCGAGACUCGCCGUAUGCGAGCAUCUUCAACAACUCGUCCGCCUGGGACGAUGUUGCCAACUUCUUUACCCGCGAGUUCUGCUCUCUUCUGGGCCUCUCUGCGGACUCACCUCUUUACAUUGCGGCGACCGCCGGUGCUAUCGCUCUGCCUACUCUGUUAAAAUUGCAGACCAUCAUGAAGGCCAAGCGCACUGAGUGGACCAGUGAGAACGAGCUUCCUGUUGAGAUCUCGCUACCGCCCUCCUACCUGUUCCACUCAAUCUUUGUCUGCCCUGUUUCCAAAGAACAGGCAACCGAUGAGAACCCUCCGAUGAUGAUGCCAUGUGGGCACGUCAUUGCCGAGGACUCUCUGCGUCGGCUCAGCAAGGGCAAUCGGUUUAAGUGUCCCUACUGCCCUAACGAGAGCUCCCCCAAGGACGCCCGCAAGGUGUUCCUUUGA